AUGGUAUGUGCCGGCCAGGGGCUUGGGUUUGACAGAGGAGGACAACACUACAAUAUGAUGGACUCGGACCUGCCACCUGGUAGUUGCAACUCUACUGGACAUCUGUCCACAAUCGGAUAUCAUACUCUGCCAGGACGCAUGCACCAUUCCGCCAGCACACCGGCGGGGGUGGACGGCGCCGGCGGUGGCUCCCGUACGCCCCCCGCUACUCCCAAGAAGGGCGGCAAGAUGCUCGCCGUCAGGGUACAGAUGCUGGACGACUCCAUAUCCAUGUUCCAGAUACAGUCAAAAGCGCUAGGCAGAGUGCUUUUCGACCAGGUAUGUCGGCAGCUACACCUGCUAGAGGCCGACUACUUCGGCUUGGAGUACCUGGACGCCAACGGUACGAAGGUAUGGUACUGGCUGGACGUAGAAAAGCCGAUGUGUCGUCAAGUAGGCCUGUCAAUGCUGGAGCCGACGUUACGUUUCUGCGUGAAGUUCUACACAUCAGACCCUGCUCGGUUGGAGGAGGAGUUCACACGGUACCUGUUCUGUCUGCAAGUGAAGAAGGACCUGGCCACAGGGUGUAUACAGUGCAAUGAGAACACUGCUGCGCUCAUGGCCAGUUACAUUGUUCAAGCGGAAUGUGGCGACUUCGUGCCAGAGGACUAUCCGGACCACACCUACCUCAGUGGGUACAAGUUCUUCCCUGGGCAGGACUCGGAAUCCGAGAGGCGGAUCAUGGAAAACCAUAAAAAGCACAUAGGCCAGAGUCCCGCUGAAGCCGACCUAAACUUGUUAGAAACGGCGCGGAGAUGCGAACUUUAUGGUAUAAAAAUGCAUCCAGCAAAGGAUCACGAAGGCGUUCCCUUGAACCUCGCAGUAGCACACUUGGGUAUAAUAGUGUUUCAGAACUACACCAAGAUCAACACGUUCAGCUGGGCCAAGAUUAGGAAGAUAUCGUUUAAAAGGAAAAAGUUCCUUAUCAAACUGCAUCCUGAGGGAUAUGUUAGUGGUUACUACCGCGACGUAGUAGAAUUCUUCUUCGACGGUCGUAACGAAUGUAAGAACUUUUGGAAGAAGUGCGUGGAGAACCAUGGGUUCUUCCGCUGUUCCAGUGUGCAGCGACAGCCCCGGCAGAAGACCAGGGUCAUCUCCAGAGGAUCAUCGUUUAGGUAUAGCGGUAAAACCCAAAAACAAAUCGUCGAGUACGUGAGAGACAACUACGUGAAACGGCAAACAUUCCAAAGGUCGGGCUCGUUCCGCGCGUCGCGCUCCGUGGGCGGCUCGCGCGGCAACGUGGCGCCGCCGCCCGCGCCGCUCAACCAGAGCCUCUCCGCGCACCCGCUGCUGCCGCUGCCGCCCGGCUCCGACGCGAUUUCCCUGGAGUGGGACAAGCAACCUCACUACCUGGAGGCUUCUCUGAUGAUGAAGGGCUACAGUGCGGAGGAAGCGCGCGCGGCGGCUCAGCGGGCGCGCCGGCCCGCGGCAGGGACUCGCCCGCCGCUCGCAGCUACCGCGUAUGUCACCACGAGGGACAAGCUUUCAAAACUGUACUGCAAUCAAAUCGCUCCCGAGCUAGUGACCCAUGCCGAGGUCAAUCAUCAUCCUACGGAGGAUUCGCCUCUGCCUCAUCGGACGACGACACCAUUGGUUUCUCCGGAGAGUACAUGGAGCCAGGCGAGUUUGGGACGUGCGAGUGGGGUCGGCCGCGCGCCCACUCCGCCGCCGCGUGCGCGCCCAGACGAAACAUCGGCCGAGGAAGAUAACACAGUAUCUUCAGCCAGUCUCUGCAUGUCUCCAACAUCGGUCGCUGACCAUAGCAUAGCGGGUGUUCCGAUAUUCGCGUCGACGCCGCUCGUGUCCAAACAGCUGACGAACGGCCACGAUGUAGUUGACAACAAGAGGAUCAAUGAAAAUAAUAAUGAUACUGUUAAUGGAAACGUUAAUGUGACUGUAGUUUCGGAGUCCGUGAACAGUAUGGACGUGCUCAGCGGUGGGGAAAGCGACGCCGGGGAUACUCUUUCGAGGCGGAAUAAUAAUAGUAUAUCGUCCGGUAUGUUGGGAACGUUGCGCGAGGUCGGCGACGCGCCCAGGAAGCGCAACAACGACAUCACGUACUUCGUGGCGAAGGAGUUACUGAUGACUGAGAGAACUUACAAGAGGGAUCUAGAACUUGUUACUGUUAAAUGGAGUAGCAGUGUAUCCGAGCUGGCGGCGAGCGGCGCGGAGUCUGGGCCCGCGUUAGCUCGCGCCUGCCUCGCACUGGAACCACUCGCGCUCAGUAAUGGGAAGUUACUCGCACGACUUGACAGGCUACUGUCUAAUGCACCACGACCUGACGCUAAUGAUACAGAGGAGCCUGAGUAUAAGAAAAUCGGCGAUGUCUUGUACGAACAUUUAUUAAGUACAAUGGACGCGUACCUAUGGUACAGUUCCCGCGCUGGUUCCCUAGUAGGUGUAGUGGAAAGUGUACGACGGAGAGGGAACGAAGCAGGUCGUGCGGCCGCGUUGUUUGACUCGAAGGCGCCGCUACCAUUGGCUGCAUUGUUGCUAAGGCCGCUGCAUAGAGCGCUGCAUUAUCACCGACUUGCUGAGGAGCUGUACAGCGCCAGCCCGGGCGCGGGCGCGGAGGGCGCGCGCGAGCUGAGUGCGCGCGUGUGGGGCGCGGCGCGCGCGCAGCUGCAGCACGGGGAGAACCACGCCGCGCUCUGUCAGCUGCAGCGGGACCUCGCCGGUUACGAUAAGUUAUUAGUGGCAGAGCGUGAAUUUGUCAGAAUGGGUUGUGUAUACAAACAUUCUUCUAGAGGAUUGCAACAAAGGAUGUUGUUCUUGUUCAGCGACGUGUUAGUGGUGACAUCCAAGACGGGCAGUACCCAGUUCCGCGCGCACUCUGCCCUCCCACUGCACGCACUCCACCUCAAGACUUCAGAGCUACCGCACUCAUUCUCACUCACUGUUGAAGACGUAAACUUGCUUCUGAGUGCGACGAACGACAGUGAAUACACAGGCUGGUACAACGCUCUGUCGAACGCGAUUGAAAACGCGCGCGACAAGUUUACUGACGUCGACACUGAACUUACGCCAUACGAACAAGAGACUGAAUCCCCCAGCGCGGCGAGUAGUGCGGGCGGGGGCCUGGCACAUGUAUGUUGGCACCGGUUCACUUCGCUCGAUUCUGUACAUCUACAUCUCGCUAUGCGGACGCAACUAUCCGGGUACUUACUGCGCAAGUUCAAGAAGUCCCCGGGCUGGCAGAAGCUGUGGGUAGUGUUCGCUAUAUCCACACUGUUCUUCUACAAGUCCUGGCAGGAUGAAACACCGCUUGCGUCGCUACCUUUGCUGGGAUACAGCGUGGGCGCGCCGGCGUCAGAAGACAACAUCGACAAAGACUUCGUGUUCAAACUCCAGUUCAAGAACCACGUGUACUUCUUCAGGGCAGACAGCCAGUACACAUUUAACAGAUGGACGGAAGUACUACAAACAGCAACGAUGCGACCCGAACAUAAUUAA